AUGCGGUUCACACUCGAAAUCCUUACACUCGUGCUCGCCGCCCUUCCUUCAGCAUUGGCAGAUAGGACUUUCGUCAUAAGCAAUGCCUGCCCUAGCGAUGUCCCCCUCUUUAUCGAAGCUGAAGGCCUAGGCAUUAUUCCUCGUGGGACGAAUGUUACGAAGUCAUUUCCAGGCAACUUCACUGGACUGAUUUACAGCACCGCCAACGGUGGCAGCGGUACUGGGAGAUUGGUUACUAGUGCUAGAUUCGACCUGGAUAACGGGUACUAUUUUCUCCUCAAGGAUGAAAUCCACUUCAACAUGGGCUUAAGUGUCUCGCCUCAUGCCGCUGCGUCAAACGGCUUCUGCCCUCAGUUGUCUUGUGAUACAGUCAAUUGCAGUAGCGCCCUCCCGCUUACACAAGACCCUCUGAGUUUGCCGCCCCCAGGAAACUCCCCUCCAGCUCUUCCGCUGGCAGAAUGUCCUGGCGAAGAUGUCGGAUUCACAGUAACAUUUUGUCCAAGUCAAGCAUUCCCGCCUGAUGGUCCAAUAUCCAAUGGGAACAAAUGCCUAGACGUACGGGGUAAUGUUCAAUCCAAUGGAACACCUUUACCUAGUUUUGACUGCAAUGGGUCUGGCGCUCAGAGGUGGGUCAUAAAGAGAGGAUCUACUAAGGUCCAACUAGCGGGGACAAACUUUUGUCUCGAUGCGGGCUCAAGCCCAGCAAAUGGUGUCGGCAUGAAGAUCUGGCAGUGCUUCGACAAUCUCCCCGCCCAACAGUGGUUCCUCACCGAUGAUAAUCGGAUCGCCCUCGAAAACCAAGGAUUAUGUCUCGAUCUUACGGAUGGAAUCCUCACAAACGGUAACCAGGUGCAGACUUGGCAAUGCACCGAUAAUGACAAUAACCAACUUUGGUUCCCUUGA